AUGCCCGACUUUUACCCUGCUCUUCGCAAUCGCCGCAACAACGAGCUCGCCCGUCUGGCGGAGGAGCAUCUGCAGCAUGACCUGCGCUCUGAAGACCGCGACGCUCUCACCACGGCCACACAAAAGGUCGCCUGGUGGACAACGAUUGGCUCAGCCGUUGGUCUCGGACUCGGUCUUUAUGCUGCUUUCCGUCUAAGAAGUUCACGCAAGGCCUUCUUCGAGGUCUUUCGCGCCCGCGAAAAGCCCACUCACGUUGUCUUUGCCGGCGGACGUUCUGAGCCUAUCCCAGAUAUCACUCCCCUGCUGAAACCCACCACCCUGGGUGAUUUCACCACCUAUUUCUUUGCUAGCGCGGGAGGGUUCUUCUUAGGCGGCGAACUAGGUUUCUUGGGAGGAGCAUGGAGCGGAAGUCGCUGCAUCACGGCGGACCCCGAUCGAAGGCAGAGAAUCGAGACGGCCUUCCGAAAAUUCCGGGCGGAGGUACUGCGCAAGGAGGCGGACGAACUUGAUCGAGGGCUAGAUGUAUCCGAUCAGAUGUUCUGA